AUGGGAACUGUAGGACAACUUGUUAUAAAGGACCAGGUGGGCCCUGUAGGACAACUUGUUAUAAAGGACCAGGUGGGCCCUGUAGGACAACUUGUUAUAAAGGAUCAGAUGGGAACUGUAGGACAACUUGUUAUAAAGGACCAGGUGGGCCCUGUAGGCCAUCUUGUUAUAAAGGACCAGGUGGGAACUGUAGGACAACUUGUUAUAAAGGACCAGGUGGGCACUGUAGGCCAACUUGUUAUAAAGGACCAGGUGGGCCCUGUAGGACAACUUGUUAUAAAGGACCAGGACCAGGCCGGCACUGUAGGCCAAUUUGUUAUAAAGGAUCAGGCUGGAACUGUAGGCCAUCUUGUUAUAAAGGAUCAGAUGGGAACUGUAGGACAACUUGUUAUAAAGGACCAGGUGGGAACUGUAGGACAACUUGUUAUAAAGGACCAGGUGGGCCCUGUAGGACAACUUGUUAUAAAGGACCAGGUGGGCCCUGUAGGACAACUUGUUAUAAAGGAUCAGGUGGGCACUGUAAGCCAUCUUGUUAUAAAGGACCAGGUGGGAACUGUAGGACAACUUGUUAUAAAGGACCAGGUGGGAACUGUAGGACAACUUGUUAUAAAGGACCAGGUGGGCACUGUAGGCCAACUUGUUAUAAAGGACCAG